GUUUAAAAGAUAAGUUGCAACUUUUUUUUGUCCAAAAGCUACAGACUCAAGAAUCUCACUGAAUAAAGUCAUCGUUGUAGCUGCUGAAUUUUUAAAUUACAAUUUAUCUUCAAAAUUCUUGCCGCGAAAAUGGAGCCCCAUGGGCACAGAGGUUCAAAUCCGAAGGCAGUUCUUGCAUCCCUCUUGAGCAAAAGAGAAAAGCUUCAAGAUGAACUACGAAAUGUUGAAAAACAAGUUUAUGAGCUAGAGACGAGUUAUUUACAAGAAACGGGCACUUUUGGAAAUGCGUUAAAAGGAUUCGAAGGCUUUCUAUCAACAUCGAAUAAGAAUUCAAACCUCAAAAGGUCGAGAAAAUUUCAGCUUGAAGACAGGCUAUUCUCAUUGUCUUCAGUCACUUCACCAGCAGCGGAAGAGCUUGGACGGGAAGAUGGAAGACCAGAUCCUACUCAAGGUCGAAUCAGGGGUGGCGGUUUUGCCACUAAUGGACAGGGUAAACCAAAGAAGGGAAGAACCGGACCACGAGAUGGAAGGAAGUUCCGAAUAUCAAACGACUUGGAUCUUGAUGAUGAAGAUGAUCCAGAUUCAGGCUUGAGAUAGCUAUCACUUACUUUAUCUGCAAAAAACUGUGUUGUAGUUUGUUCUACCAUAGUAUUGUAUCAUUUCAUGGUUGAAUAAAAUCUUACACAACUAUGUAUGCAAUCAAUAAGUUUCUAGCGGCUAAUUACCAUUAGCUGUGGUUGUGGAUGUGCGCAAGAACUUCCCUAGGUAAAGUACAUGUUCUGAUCAAUUUUGUACAGUAACAUAAUUUGAUAAACAACAAGGGUUCUCAAGUGUUCAUAUUCUUUUAA